AAGAAAAACAGAAAUAUAUAUUCGAAUCCAUGGAAGAUGUCGAUGUAGCAGUUAGAAAUCUCGAGAUAAAAUCAUUAUCCCAUUUCUCUGUUUAUCAAAAAGAUAAAUCAUUCGGAGUUGCUGAUAUUAAUUUAAAAAAUCACAAGAUUCUCUUCGAAGAUAUCAAGAACAAGGAGUCACCCCAACAAAUCCUUUGGUCCGGAACUCCUUUUGUGAUUGUUGGAAAAAAGUCGCUAGAUUGCACGCGCGGCGUAGAUCAUGGCAUAUUAAAAAAGAAGAAAAUACAGGAUGAAAAAAUCAAAGGAAAAGUAUGUUUUACCUUUGCUUUGAAAUCUGAAAAGGAAAAAGAAAGGAAAAAUAAUAACCUUUUUCUUAUCUAUAGGAUUCUCAAACACAUCGCAAGGUAUACAGUAAGGCUCGGUUUAUGGUUCAAAAUUCGAAAAAACUUGGUUGUCCAGCAAAAAUCAUAA